AUGCCAUCCAGCACAUGGGGCCUCCUCCUGCUGGCGGGCCUGAACUGCCUGGCCCCUGCCUCCCUGAUCCAGGAAGAAGACACAUUGCUGCAUGAUCAUGAGAAACACAACUACAAGAUCGCCCCGAACAUGGCUGACUUCGCUUACACCCUGUACCGCCAGGUGGCCCAUCAGUCCAGCACCACCAACAUCUUCAUCUCCCCCUUGAGCAUCGCACAAGCUUUUGUGAUACUCGCCAUGGGGGCCACAGGUGAGACUCACACCCAGAUCAUGGACAGCAUAAAUAUGAACAUGUUCGCGGUACCUGAUGCUGAAGUCUACCACCUCAUAUGGUUUCUCCUCAACCAGACACGAACCCAGCUGACCUCUAGCAAUAUGCUAUUUAUUGAUAGCAACCUGAAGACAGAGGUUAAGUUUUUGGAGGAUAUCAGGAAGCUGUACUACUCAAAAGUCUUCUCCAUCAACUUCAGAGACGCUGGAGCCCAGAAACAGAUCAAUGAUUAUAUAGAGAAGGAAACCCAAGGAAAUACUGUGGAUCUGGUCAAAGAGUUUGACAAUAACACAUCUCUUGCUCUGGUAAAUUACGUUUUCUUCAAAGGCCAGUGGAAGGAUACAUUUGAGUCUGAGCACUUAGUAGGAAACUUCCAUGUGGACAAGAAGACCACCAUAAGGGGACCCAUGACCCAGUACUUUGGCAAGUUUCACGUGCUGUAUGACAAGAAGCUCUCCAGCUGGGUGGUGCUGCAGCACUACAUGGGCAACCCCGCCUUCCUGUUCAUGCCCAAGCAGGGGAUGAUUCAGCAGCUGGAGGCCAGGCUCUGCCGGAGGGAACUCGCCAGGAUCCGCAGAGGCAUCAAAAACCGGUCUGCCAGUUUACUUUUGCCCAAACUGUCCAUUUCUGGGACCUACGAUCUAGAAACCUUCCUGGGCAAACUGGGCAUCGCCAGGGUCUUCAGUAACGGGGCUGAGCUCUCGGGGAUCAGUGAGGAAGUACCCCUGAAACUGUCCAAGGCACUGCAUAAGGCUGUCAUGACCAUAGAUGACAAUGUGAAGGAACAUUCUGGUGACUCCCUUCUGAAAAAGGAAAAAGAAGUUAAGCAUGUGACCAUCAAAUUCAACAGGCCCUUCUUAGUCUACAUCAUGGAUGAAACCUUGAGCUUUCCCCUGUUCAUGGGAAGGAUGGUGAAACCCCCGGGAAAAUAG